GUAUAACCUCCUUUAUGGACAAAAUCUCGAUCUCGGUCGUAAACCAAAGGACGGAGUUGAUUUUUUUAGCUUAUUAAAAUACAUGAAUUACAGAUUUAUCUCGAUAGAAAAUAAAACUUGAAAUUUCAUUCUUUUACCACUGUCAUUUCGGGAUACUCAUGUUACUAUAUGGAACUUUGCUUGUCAAAUAGUUCAAUGGUCAAAAUAUUUGUUAUUUGGUAAUUUACAACUUGCAAGUGUCACAUCUUGUUUAUAUCGUUACGCACGCAUGGUUAAGAAAAAAAAACCGGAUAAAGCAGCGAUGUAAAUAUCUAAAUUUGAAUUUCAGUCAAUUUUGAAAAAGAAAGUUUUAGUUCAGGUCAAAUGGAAAGAAAAGUUUUGCUAGGAACUGAUAUACUAGCGUUAUUUUCAGUGACAUUAGCAUGGAAUUGUUCUGAUGAUGAAGAAAAGAAACUCCAUCCUUGGUGUGAACAUGGGUGCUGCAUCGACAAGCACCCCGUUGAGUGUUGUACAUGGGCUGAAUCAAUGGGCUCAGUAUUUUGGACACUUGUAGGUGUGGGUUCUGGAAUGCUUGUACUGUCUUGUGUAGUUGGAAUAGUUUGCUGUUUUCGCAAGAAGGAAGUUUCCGAAGGCCAAAUAAUUUCAACUAACGGAGGUCAAAGACAAGGUGCAAAUGCGUCGUUAGAUUUAUCACGACAACUUGGAGAUAGUUUAAACAGAUAUCUAGGUGUAUAUUCUUCUUUAGAUCCAUCGCAGCAACUGAACAAUGGAAAUCGUUUAAACAGAACUUUAGGUGCUCAUUCUUCGUUAGAUCCAGAACGGCAACUAAGCAGUGGAAAUAGUUUAAAUAGGCAGUUUGAAAGUCGCACGGGUCGUCAACCGCAUGUGUGGACUACACUUGUUUACUCAAAUACAUCGAAUGAGAGUAAUAGACAUUCGCGUAUUGCGAAUAUAAGAACCAAUACUUCUUUUCACACGCAGACUGGCUCUGGUAAUAGUAGAAAUAAUUUGCAAUCAAGAAGUGCAACUGGUGAAACAAAUCUGAACACUUAUUCUGCCCUAAGACAAACUUCAACACAAGUUGCUGCACAAAAAUAUGCCGAACCACCUCCUUCGUAUGAAAGUUUGUAUAAAUCAAACAGUUAAAGUCUUAGAGUACCUUACUGUAUUAAUUAAUCACUCUGUUAGAAAUUUUACAUGCGUAGCCAGAAAAUUAUUGAAUGAACUGUCUCAAACAGUUGAAGAGUACUAGUGCCAUACUGUAAUUUAUCACUCUGUUAAAACUUUUACAUACGUAGCAAGGAAAAUAUUAAAUGAAAUGGAUCAAACAGUUAAAGAGUACUAGUGCCAUACUGUAUUAAUGUAUCACUCUGUUAGAACUUUUACAUACGUAGCCAGGAAAGUAUUUAAUGAACUGGAUCAAACAGUUAAAGAGUACUAGUGUCAUACUGUAUUAAUUGAUCAUUCUGUUAGAAUUUGUACAUACGUAGCCAGAAAUGUAUUGAAUGAACUGUCUCAAACAGUUGAAGAGUACUAGUGCCAUACUGUAAUUAAUCACUCUGUUAAAACUUUUACAUACGUAGCAAGGAAAAUAUUAAAUGAACUGGAUCAAGCAGUUGAAGAGUACUAGUGCCAUACUGUAUUAAUUUAUCACUCUGUUAGAACUUCUACAUACGUAGUCAGGAAAGUAUAAAAUGAGCUGUCUCAAACAGUUGAAGAGUACUAGUAUCAUACUGUAAUUUAUCACUCUGUUAGAACUUUUACAUACGUAGCCAGGAAAGUAUUAAAUGAACUGGAUCAAACAGUUAAAGAGUACUAGACUAAAUGCCAUACUGUAUUAAUUUAUCACUCUGUUAGAACUUUUACAUACGUAGCCAGAAAAGUAUUGAAUGAACUGGAUCAAACAGUCAAAGGGUACUAGUGCCAUACUGUAUUAAUUUAUAACUCUGUUAGUACAUUUACAUACGUAGCCAGGAAAGUAUUGAAUGAACUAGAUCAAACAGUUAAAGAGUAAUAGUGCCAUACUGUAUUUAUUUACUCUGUUAGAACUUUUACAUACGAAGCCAGAAAAGUAUGGAAUGAACUGGAUUAUUAUUCCACAAAUCAAAUUUAACACUGUGUCAGUGUGUGAUAUAAGAUACAAAAUAUUUGGAAGUUUAUGCAUCUACGUAAGAGUGUUAAAUCGUUUGAUAAUGUUUAUUGUCCAAUGAUAUUUUAUGACAGUUUAUUGCAUUGCAUUGAGAUGAAUAUAUGACGUGUCAUUCGUCAUUUCGUAUCGAUAUAUUUUGGUUUUGAUAUUUAUUUCGUUUGAUAUAAGUAAAUUUAAUAUUGAA